UAUCUUAGCUUUGCGGGGCAAAAUAUUCGCACUGCGAGCCAGUCCGCAGCACGGCAGGGCGCCCUUCCGGUGCGCAUUCUCUCGCACCAACAGGGGCGCGAGGAGGGGCGCCACGAUCCCUUAGGGUAGGCUCUGGAGCGCCGGCGAUGGGGCGUGAUUCCUAGCCGGGCGGCGUUAGCAGUGUGGUUGUAGCGCCGCGGGGGAGGAGAUCGAUCGAUCGGCGAGCCCUAGGGGCGGCAGCGAUGUACCAGAUGAAGAAAUAUCCCAGCCCGCAGCUGAUUCCUCACAGGGGAGGAGCGAUGCCGGCGCAAAGCGAGCCGCUCUACAUCGCCAGCGGCGGCGAUUCGGUGGUGUCGUCGAUCGAGCCCAAGCCUCGGCUGCGCUGGACGCCCGAGCUCCACGAGCGCUUCGUGGAGGCCGUCACGCAGCUCGGUGGUGCUGACAAGGCUACGCCCAAGUCCGUGAUGAGAGUGAUGGGCGUCAAGGGAUUGACACUGUAUCAUCUUAAGAGCCAUCUCCAGAAGUACAGGCUUGGGAUGCAAAUGCACAAGGAGAACAAUGGCGAUGGAAAGAAAGAAGGAGGUGCUAAAGCACAGACCACUGGCUCACAAAACUCUAUGAACUCCAACUUAUCAGAUGGCUACGAGAUCAACCGGGCUCUCUCGAUGCAAAUGGAAGUGCAACGAAAACUCCACGAGCAACUAGAGACUUCAAACACCUUUGCGCAGGUCCAGAAGCAUUUGCAGCUACGAAUCGAAGCGCAGAGCAAGUACCUGCAAAACAUCCUCGAAAAGGCUCGCGACGCAUUCGUGGGACACAUUCCAACCUCGGCGGAGCUGGAGGCGGCGCACGCCGAGCUGACCGAGCUGGCCAAAGGAACUCUCGAGGGGUUUGAGUUCACAGUGCCUCCAUUGCCGGAGCUCCCUUCGCCUUCGUCUGAGACGAAGGCAGCUAAUCAAACUCCAGCAGCACCAACGGGGAAGAAAUCGACCACAUCAAAUCUAACACUCAACCAGCAGCAGCAGCAGCAGCAGCAGCGGGAUGGCCAAGAACUAGACAGCGAUCAAGCUGCGGAGAUCGACAUAACGACAUAGUUCUCUCACAGCGGUGGUAAUGUUUCAAUACUCUUCUGACAGCCAUUGCUAACAGCAGCUCAAAAGACCAAGAAGGAACAAGAAGUGAGAGAGAGGCACUGUACAAAAUGUUUGAAUGGUUUUUGGGUGGGAGGCGCCGAUGUAAAGGACCUCGCUGUAAAAUCGAUGUAACUGGCAGGGAGAUCUAACGCUAGGAAAGACAGUUCUUCCAAUAUAUAUAAAGAUGGUUUAUUGGACGA